UCCUACAUAGACAACCUCCUAGCCCAGCUGUACAGCUGAACUACGAUUAACAUGUCUAUACGGGUUGCAUUCUCUGUUUGGACAGCAAUCGCAACCCUGGUUUCCGGUUACCAGUCUGGCAGUGAGGAUGACAGGGUUGAGUCGCGAGGAUACAUUAUAGAAUUCUCCGAGAGCCAUGGCCUCAGUGCCAGAGAUGAGAUCUUAUCAUCACUCCCAGACCUGAACAUCACAAAGACCUUUGAAUCGCCAGUCUUUACGGGAGCCAGUGUUGAAACGACACUGCAGGACAUUGACGCCCUACGCCUGACGGCGGGAAUUGCAAACGUCUGGUACAAUGAAGAGGUGCAUCUCCUGGCGCCAGUCGUCGCACCGCGCCAAGCCGUGCUCAACGAGACCGAUCAUGCCGUGCACUGGGCCACUGGGGUAGAACAGCUGCACGCUCAGGGCGUCCUUGGGGAAGGCGUCAAGGUCGGGGUGGUCGACACGGGUGUUCAAUACACGCACACGGCCCUGGGCGGCGGCUUAGGUCCCGGGUUCAAGGUGGCAGGAGGUUGGGACUUUGUCGGCGAUGGCGGAUGGCCGGCAACGGGAUCUCCCAAGGUUCCAGAUGCAGAUCCGAUGGACUACCAAGGCCACGGAACACACGUCGCUGGUAUCCUGCUCGGAGAAGCGGCGUCCGGAUGGAUGGGUGUUGCGCCGCGAGCCACGAUGCACUCGUACAAAGUGUUUGGGCGCACUAGCGGCUCGACCACGACCGAGACUAUCAUCGAUGCCUUUCUCAAGGCCUACGAAGACGGCAUGGACAUCAUCACCGCCAGUAUCGGCGGCCGAGGAGGGUUUUCCGAGAACGCGUGGGCGGUGGUGGCUAACAGGAUUGCAGAGCAGGGCGUUGUGGUGACGAUCGGAGCUGGAAACAGUGGAGAAGGCGGUCCGUACUAUGCCAGCAGCGGCAGCUCGGGAGAAUACGUACUGGCAGUUGCUUCAGCCGAGGUGAAGAAAGGCACGACGGCAGGAGGUGACAAGAUCCAACCGAGCUACUUCACAAGCUGGGGUGGACUGUACGACCUCUCCGUCAAACCUGACAUAACCGCUCCCGGAACAGACAUCUACAGCACCUACAUCGGUGACAGCAACAAUGUGUUUUCUCUCCUGAGUGGAACAUCGAUGGCAACCCCGUACAUCGCCGGAGUCGCAGCCCUCUACAUCAGUGCCAACGGUGGGAGAAGCACUCACGGAAAGGGCUUCGCCAAGCAGCUCGCCAUGAGCAUCAUGGCCACGGGCAACUCGCUUCCCUGGCUGCGCUACUCCGACCGAACAGCCAUUCCCUCUUCGAUCGCUCCGGUACACCAGGUAGGUGGAGGCUUGGUGAAUGCCACAGGUGUGAUCAAUUCGACCAUGCAGCUAGAGCUACAACGCUUUGGUCUGAACGACACGCUUCACUUCCAGGGCACUCAGGUUGUCAAGCUCACCAACACUGGAACGACCGCGGCAUCGUAUACGUUUGACUAUGAAAGCUGGGCAGGGUUCGAAAUGCUGUUGGUGAACCCCGAAGACACGGCCGAAACCCCGAGGAUCAGGUCCGGUCGCGAAAUGGAGCCCAUGGAACUAUCGCCGAGCGUUCAAGUUCCGGGAGCAGUUGAGCUGCAGCCUGGUCAAAGCACUGAGCUUGAGUUUUCCUUUACCCUUCCGCCGGUUGCCAACGAAGAAAAUCUGCCAGUGUAUAGCGGGAGAGUUAUCGUCAAGUCGGGUGACGGCGAAUCUGCGGCCGUCAUGUACCAAGGAUUGGCAUUCAACCUCCGGGAACAGAUGAGAAACCCCUACGCUGGGACAUAUCCAUGGUUGAGAUCGACUCUUGCCAACACCAACAAGACAACAUUCUCUUUCAACCUGAGCGCCGCGGCGCAGGACUUUCCAAAGAUGUUCAUGAAGCUCAAAUGGGGCACUAGGGAAGUACGCUGGGAUCUUUACAAUACCGAGUUUGAAGAGACGCGUGACUGGCAAUAUCCCCCAGUAGCCGGGGAAAACGGUUACAUUGGUUCCAUUGCGCCUUGGUCUAGCUCUGGAAGCGUCUCCAGCUUCAAGCCUGGAGUCCAUGACAGCAAUGCAACUUUCAACCUGCCAGUUGUCAAUGAGGCUAGGAAUGCGUUGACGAGCGGAGGUUUUACGACCAGUUACUGGUGGUUCGGAAAGCUGGCCAACGGGAGUUAUAUCGUCCCGGGCAACUACACUAUGAGGUUUGCGACCCUGGUGCCAUUUGCGGAUCCUAUUUACAGUGAUAGUUGGAGUGGAAUGACAACAAGCAUCACAAUUCUUCCGCAAAUUUAAUCGAAAAUUAUAGUAUAGCUACCACCUGCUCGUUACCGAGAAGGCGAUGAAUUAAUGAUUAUAAUUAAG